CAAUUGCGUAUGCACGAUGAUCAUGUGGUCGUAGAUAAUGGCAUCUUCAGUAUCACCAUUGCGAGUCCUGAAGGCACAGUCACAUGUAUAAAAUAUAACGGGAUCAACAAUAUAUUAGAUGAUAAAAACGAAAAAACAGAUCGUGGAUAUUGGGAUGUAAAUUGGAGUGAUCCGGACGGGAAGGACAAUUUGGACAAGCUUACAGGCGAUCGUUUAGAUGUUAUCAUGAAUACUGAAAAUCAGGUGGAACUAUCGUUUAAAAGAUAUUGGACGUUUUCUCGAAAAGAUAACGAUGUUCCUUUAAAUGUCGACAAAAGGUUUGUUGUCCUACGAGGAUCGAGUGGUUUCUACUCGUAUGGGAUUUUUGAGCGUCUGAAAGGAUGGCCAGAUGUCGAUAUGUACCAAGGUCGGAUUGUAUUCAAGCUUCAGGAUAAACUGUUUCGUUACAUGGCUGUUUCGGAUGAAAGGCAAAGGGUGAUGCCAACUUUUGACGACCGCAAGAGGGGUGAACCCCUAGAUUACCCUGAAGCUGUUCUUUUGACUGAUCCUUCUAAUUCACUUCUCAAAGGAGAGGUGGACGACAAGUACCAAUAUUCAGCUGAAGAUAAAGAUAAUCGGGUUCAUGGUUGGAUAUGUUCGGACCCACCUGUCGGGUUUUGGAUGAUAACUCCGAGUAAUGAGUUUCGUACUGCGGGACCUAUCAAGCAAGACCUCACAUCGCAUGCUGGCCCCGUUACUCUCUCCAUGUUUUUCAGCACCCAUUAUGCAGGAAUGGAUUUACGAAUAAAAUUUCGCGACGGUGAGCCAUGGAAAAAGGUUUUCGGACCCGUGUUUAUAUAUCUCAACUCGGUUACAACUGAAGACAAUCCCAUUUCACUUUGGUCUGAUGCCAAGGAAGAGAUGUUCGAACAAACGGAAAGUUGGCCUUACGAUUUCCUAAACUCCAACGACUAUCCUCUUGCCCAUCAACGCGGUCUAGUAACCGGACGGUUACUGGUUCAUGAUGUUGAAGUGUCCCGUGCCAACUCUGCAUUUGUUGGCUUGGCUCCACCGGGUGAUGUGGGAUCAUGGCAACAAGAAAACAAGGGUUAUCAGUUCUGGACUCAAACUGAUGAUGAAGGUUACUUCCAAAUAAAGAAUGUUCGUCCGGGUGUCUACAACUUAUACGCUUGGGUUCCAGGGUACAUCGGUGAUUACAUGCACCACAGUGUUGUCAAGGUUUUGCAAGGAAGUAGAAUCAGAAUGGGUGUACUUGUGUACGAACCACCAAGAAAUGGGCCUACGAUUUGGGAGAUUGGGGUGCCAGAUCGGACAGCAGCCGAGUUCUAUGUCCCUGAGCCAAACCCAACCCUCAUGAACCAGUUAUACGCAACUCAAAGAACCGAAGCGUUCAGGCAAUAUGGGUUGUGGGAUCGUUAUACGGAUCUGUAUCCUGAUCGGGAUUUGAUUUACACAGUUGGUGCCAGCGAUUAUCAAAUAGAUUGGUUCUUUGCUCAUGUCAAUAGAAACGUCGGAAACAAGACAUACCUUCCAACAACAUGGCGCGUACUCUUCGAUCUUGAAGAUGUAACCACCGGAAACUAUACAAUACGAUUAGCAUUGGCAUCGGCGAAUGUUGCAGAAGUUCAAGUUCGGAUUAACGACCCAAGAGGCAUGUCGCCUUUCUUUACCACGGGGCUAAUCGGGAGGGAUAACGCGAUUGCACGACACGGGAUUCAUGGGCUCUACUGGUUAUAUAGUAUCAAUGUUAUGCAUUCUCAACUUCGAGCUGGGAGGAAUGUUAUGUUUUUAACACAAACGAGAGGUUUGGGUCCUUUUAGAGGAGUUAUGUAUGAUUAUAUUCGAUUAGAAGGACCCGUUCAGUCGCAAAACUAAAGGGUUUUAUAUUCGCAUUCGUAACUUAGAUAGAGAAAGAGUCGGGGUAUAUAUCGCAUAUAUAGUUGUUAUUGUCUGUCUCGUUAGAAAGGAAAUGCAAAGUUCACUUAGCUGAUGUAUUACCAGAAACAUCUUGAAUGCCAUAUAUGUAGUUUAACUU